GUUCACAUGUGUAUUUACUUUGAAGUCUUAAGUCUGUCUUGAAGUCUAAGCAGAGUAAAGCCAGAGACAAUAGCUAGUUUCCACAAGGCGGUUAUCAAUUGACUUGGAUCAUUUCACAAGCAAAAAAAGUUUGGAUUCGGAAGCAGUAACCAAUAGGUGACAGAGGUGGAGAGAGUGACAGAAAGAUAUCCAGGCGGGUUAAAACCUCUGCUCAUGUUAACCUUUGAGCCUGGUAAAUUUUAUGAUGUAACUCAGCAUAAACUCAGCAAGAGGACAUAAGAGCUGGGAAGCACGUUACUGCUGGGGUAUUAAAUCAUUCAGAAUUAGUCAAACCACAGCACCGGUGCCUUCCUCAUUGAGACAACCAGCAGUAAGGAACACAAAAUGAAGGACUUUUCACCCCCCAGAGAGAACCAAAAUGUAAAAGGAGUUUCUUUUAGACAAAGAAACGAUAGUGAUGUGUGGGAAACAUCAUCUAGAACCAUGAGCACAUUUCCCGAAGGCCCUCCGGUUCUAGAUUACAGGGAGCCAGGACCCCCUCCUAAGGGCCACAAGUACCAGAACACCUUAAAAUCACUCAUCCCAUUCCGCUUUGGCUCACGUUCGCACCCAAUUGAUGAUGCUGGUUUCUUCUCCUUCGCAUCAUUUGCAUGGAUGACGCCCAUGAUGUGGAAGCUCUUCAGGAAUCGGUUAGACAUGAACUCACUUUCUCUCUCACCUCAUGAUGGAGCCCACACCAGUGGAGAGAGGUUUCAGAGACUGUGGGAAGAGGAGGUCGCCCGCGUGGGCCUAGAUAAAGCUUCUGUUACUGCCGUGGUCAUGCGUUUUCAGAAGACAAGAUUAAUAGUGUCAUUCUUGUCCUCCAUCUUUUUCUCUUUUGCUGUAUUUGUUGGUCCGUCUAUUAUAGUGUAUGAAAUCCUAAACUACGCAGAGAAGUCAAGUUCAUCCACAGUGUUUCACGGUGUGGGUCUGUGUGUGGCCCUGUUCAUCUCAGAAUUCAGCAAGGCGUUUUUUGCAUCACUCUUGUGGGCUUUGAACAUGCGUACAGCUGUCAGAAUAAAGGGAGCGUUCUCAAUGCUUGCUUUCAAGAAAAUCAUCUCUCUCAGGACACUCACCAACAUCAGUGUAGGAGAGACGAUAAACGUGUUGACGAGUGAUGGCUAUCGAUUAUAUGAGGCUGUCUUGUAUGGAACAUUUCUACUGUGUGUUCCUGUGCUACUGAUCAUAUGCAUCAUAUAUGCAUGCAUCAUUCUGGGAUACACAGCACUUAUUGGAAUUUUGGUGUACCUGAUCUUCAUACCUAUUCAGUUCUCAGUUGCUAGACUCAUUGGUCUAUUUAGAAGGCAGGCUGUAUCUGUGACAGACAAACGUGUUCGCACGAUGAAUGAGGUUCUGACCUGCAUCAAGCUCAUUAAGAUGUACGCGUGGGAGGAGUCUUUUGAGAAAACAAUCACAGAUAUCAGGAGAAAUGAGAAGUUGCUGUUACAGAAGGCUGGUUAUGUUCAGAGUUUAAACUCUUCCCUAACAACAAUAGUGCCCACACUGGCAACCAUCCUCACCUUCAUUACCCACACUGCACUGAAACUGCCCCUAGAACCUUCUACUGCCUACACUAUCAUCGCUGUAUUCAACUGCAUGAGGAUGUCUAUGGGUUUGUUGCCAUUCUCUGUUAAAGCUGUAGCUGAGGCUAAAGUCGCUCUGGCUAGACUGAAGAAGCUUCUGAUGGUCAAGAACCCAGACAGUUAUCUCAUCCAAAAUAAGGAUUCGAGCUCAGCGCUUAUUAUGGAAAAGGCUUCGUUCAGCUGGAGCCCGCCAGAUGUCACCAAUGCCAGUGAGCGUCCUCAAGAUAACUCUCAAAACACCAAACAUACCUCAGAUAACAAACCAGCACUCAGAAACAUCAGUUUUACUCUUCCCAAGGGAAGUCUGCUGGGGGUAUGUGGCAAUGUUGGAAGUGGGAAAACCUCUUUAAUAUCAAGUAUUCUAGAGCAGAUGCAUCUUCUGAGUGGAUCUGUGUCAGUUAAUGGAACAUUAGCUUAUGUUUCCCAACAAGCUUGGAUAUUUCAUGGAACUGUGAGGGAUAACAUUCUCAUGGGAGAACCGUUCGACCAGACCAGAUAUGACCGUGUUGUUUACGCAUGCUCUCUGAAACCUGACCUGGCAAUGCUUCCUUAUGGAGAUCAGACCGAGAUUGGAGAGCGAGGUUUAAACCUUUCAGGUGGUCAGAAACAGAGAGUUAGUUUAGCCAGGGCAGUAUAUUCUAACAGAGACAUCAUCCUAUUGGACGAUCCCCUGUCUGCCGUCGACGCCCAUGUUGGAAAGCAUAUAUUUGAAGAAUGCAUCAAGAAAGAACUGAAGGGCAAAUCCAUCAUUUUGGUUACUCAUCAGCUACAGUAUUUGGAGUUUUGUGAUGAGGUGUUGCUGUUGGAGAAUGGCGAGAUAAAGGAGGCUGGAACUCACAGCAGUUUAAUGAAUGCUGAAGGCCGCUAUGCACAGCUCAUUCAUAACGUCCAGCUGGAACAGAACAAUGAAAAGAAAGAGGACAAUUCCCAAAUACACACUGAACUUGACACUAAACAGAAAAAUCUAGAUGAGCCUCAACGUAAUGGAAUAGAGAACCCAGCCUUCGAUAUGUCUGAUGAAAAAAUUAAAACUGUGGAGUCUUUUCCAAAAGAAACAAGAAAAGGCAAGAAGGAUCAAUUAGUAACUCGGGAAGUGUCCCAGGAGGGAUCUGUGACAUGGAGAACGUACCAUCAAUACUGCAAGGCUGCUGGAGGUUAUAUACUGGCAGUAAUUAUUGUGCUGCUCUUCACUCUUCUUGUGGGGUCGACUGCCGUGAGCAACUGGUGGCUUAGUUAUUGGCUAGAGCAGGGCUCAGGGCUGUUGAACAGCUCUGAUCCAUCAUCAAACAGCGGCAAUAUCUCUGAGAAUCCAGACCUGCCAUUUUAUCAAAUGGUCUAUGGCCUUAUGAUUGUCGCCAUGGUAGUACUCAGUAUUGCAAAGGGAUACACCUUUGUUAAAGUAACUCUACGCUCUUCUUCCAAACUCCAUGACACCAUGUUCAAACGGAUCCUUGGCAGCCCGAUGAGUUUUUUUGACACAACUCCAACUGGCCGCAUGGUGAACCGCUUCAGUAAAGACCAAGAUGAGGUUGAUGCUGUUUUGCCGUUUAACAUGGAGAACUUCUUUCAGUUCUCUUUGAUGGUUACGUUCACAAUCCUCACCAUCUGCGUGGUGUUCCCAUACCUCCUGAUCGUUGUGGCAGUUCUCGGCUGUAUCUUUGCAAUAAUACUAUAUGUUUUCCAGAGGAGCAUUCGACAAAUGAAGAGGAUGGAGAAUGUGAGUCGCUCUCCCUGGAUCUCUCUCACCACCUCCACCAUACAGGGACUCAGCACCAUCCAUGCCUAUGACAAAAGACAGCAAUACAUAGAACAGUUUAAGAUGCUGAGUGACACCAACUCAAACCAUUUCCUCUUGUUUAAUUGCGGGACUCGCUGGCUGUCGUUCUGGUUAGACUUCCUGUCUUCUACCGUUACUCUAACGGUGGCAUUGUUUGUAGUGCUCAGCUCCAACGGGACCAUAAACCCUGCUCUGAAAGGCCUGGCCUUAUCUUACACAAUACAGUUGACUGGAAUGCUUCAGUUUGUGGUGAGGUUGUCCACUGAAGUGGAGGCUAAGUUCACCAGCGUAGAAAGAUUGCUGGAGUACAUUACGGGUUGUGCAUCAGAGGGUCCUCGGACUAUCAAAGAUGCGAACAUUCCAACAGGCUGGCCACAGGAGGGCGCCAUAACCUUUAGAAACUACAGCAUGAGAUACAGAGAGUACACCCCCAUAGUCCUUAAUAAACUCACCAUCAACAUUAAACCACAAGAAAAAGUCGGCAUUGUGGGACGCACAGGAUCUGGGAAGUCUUCUCUGGGUGUGGCAGUGUUCCGUUUGGCAGAACCAGCAGAGGGCACUAUUUUGAUAGACAACAUGGACAUCAGCAAGCUGGGGCUGAAAGAUCUUCGCAGUAAACUCUCUGUCAUACCACAAGAUCCUGUACUCUUCAUCGGCACUGUCAGGUAUAACCUAGACCCCUUUAACAAUUACAAAGAUGAAGAGCUCUGGCUGGCUUUGGAAAAAACCUACAUGAAGGACACGAUUGCUAAACUGCCAGAGAAGCUGGAGUCUACAGUAGUGGAGAAUGGAGAGAAUUUCUCUGUUGGAGAGAGACAGCUCAUGUGCAUGGCCAGAGCUCUGCUCCGCAACUCCAAAAUCAUUCUCUUGGAUGAGGCCACGGCAUCUAUAGACUCGGAGACUGAUGGCAUGAUCCAGCACACUAUCAGAGUUGCUUUCCAGCACUGCACUGUAUUAACAAUUGCCCACAGAAUCAACACUGUAUUGGAGAGUGAUCGUAUACUUGUCAUGGACCAGGGCAAGGUGGUUGAAUUUGAUCGUCCACAGGACCUGAUGCAGAGGCCCAACUCCUUAUUUGCGUCACUUCUAGCAGCGGCCAAUCAUGUAAACUCAUAAAACACAAGAAAGAAGUGCACACAACCGUAUAAUCCAGCAUGUAUUUGGAUUUAUUAAGAAAGUGGAUUUAUUCCACCAGUGUGCACUGAACUCAGAGAUUUUUAAGGCAUUGUAAUAUAAUACAGAUAUAUUAUAUUCUGUACGUCACAGCACAUUUCAGUACUGCUAUUUGCACUUUUUAUUUUUUGUGAGAUUUUCAUUAUUACACAAUUUUUUAACAUGAGGGUUAUGCUUUUGUUCUACAUGUGUCCUGUCUAUAGGUGAGCAAGAGGGUUAAGAUUCAUAAAGCUUGAAAUGUUCAUUUACUUCCCAUAGUAUCACUAAAUGUAUAUAUUUAAAAUAUUUAUUUUGAUUUUUAUAUGUAUUUGAAUACUACGUAUACGUAAAAUGAAACCGAUUUAAAUGAUUUUUAGUAAUAUAAAGAAAAAUAU